UUGGUGAAUGGUUCAAGGUCUCUCUCUUUCUCUCUCUCUCUCUCUCUCUCUCUCUCUCUCUCUCUCUCUCUCUCUCUCUCUCUCUCUCUCUCUCUCUCUCUUAAACACACACACACACACACACCUCAAAGAAUUUAUUACCUACACAACUCAGAGGCACAGAAAUAUCAGAAGAGCACAGAGCAUUACAUUGUGAAGCUGUGAGGACAGCAUACAGGACUGAGGACAGUGGCACUGAAAUCUUGAGUUGCAAAGAUAUUUAAAGAUGUGGAAGAAAUCAAAAGUUACAGACCAAACAGCCACAGGGCAGGGUGGAACAGAGAAUCAACCUCCCAAGAAGAAAGGUAUCAAAAGGAGAUCAAAGGUUCCUGGGGUUAUGAUCACCCAGUAUGUGGAUGAAAUACCAGAGGGGAAAUCUACUCCUGAUUACAAACGCAAACCCAUUGCUUUGACCAUUCAAGAAGGUAAAUUAGCCAUCUUUAAAGCCAUUGUGAUUGGAGAACCCAAGCCCACUGUUUCAUGGAAAAGAGCAAAAGGAGAAAUGAAUGAUCCAGAAAAGUUCCAGAACAAAUAUGACCCUGUAACUAAUGAACAUACUUUAGAGAUCCCCAGAGUUAGUGGUGAAGAAGCUGAUACCUACAAAUGCUAUGCUGUAAAUGAGUAUGGGAAGGCAGUCUGCCCUGUCGUCUUAAAUGUCAUUGAAGUUGGCUUCAAAAAGAGCAAAGAAUUGAAAAAAACAGAGGAAAUGGAGGAUCCAGCGGAGUUCAGAAACAAGCUUAGGAGAAGUGCUGGGAAAGCCAUUGCUGAAAAAAAAGAAGGGGACAUUGAUGAGUCAGUGUGGGAUCUGUUACUGUCUGCUGAUAAGAAAGACUAUGAGCGAAUUUGUUUCGAAUAUGGCAUCACUGAUUUUCGGGGAAUGCUGAAGAAACUGACUGAGCUAAAGAAACAGAGAGAGCAAGAACAGGCCUUGUUCGUUCAGCAAAUCAGUAAUCUGAAACACAUUGAAGUGAAAUCAGCAAAUUCAGCAGUUUUUGAGCUGGACAUUGAACUCAAGGACCCCAACAGUCGCAUUUUCCUCUAUAAAGAUGGCAUCAUGGUUCCAUACAGCAAAGAUUUGGACAAUGAACUGAAACACUAUUUGAAGCAAGUUGGAAAAAAGUAUGUGUUUACAGUGAAAAAUCUUACACCUGAGGAUGCUGGUAUUUAUCAAGUGGAUGUUGAGGGAGUCAACAUCUUCUCAACAGAUUUCAAGAUCCCCUCUGUGGAUUUUCUGGUGAAGAUUCAGGAAGUAAAGGCUGAAGAAAGAGAAGAUGCCAUAUUUGAGUGUGUGACUUCUCUACCCAUGAACCACAUUUUAUGGACACUGAAAAAUAAUCCCUUAUCCAAUUGUGAUAAAUAUGAGAUUACCGUUUCUGAGGACAAAUUGAUUCACCGGCUGAAAGUCAUUGACUGUAUGCCUGUGGAUGCUGGAAUCUAUUCUGCUGUGGCUGGCAUAAAGUCAUGUAGUGCCUGGCUUGUGGUAGAGUCUAAUAAAGAUUCUACCAUGAAAGGUAAAAAGAUAGCUCGCAAGACUACACAGGCUGGUGGCAGUGGAGUUGAUCUAACAAAAAUAGCUUCUGAGCAGCAAGAAAAAUACAAGAAGGAGAUGGAAGAAGCUAUGGAAUUGGCUAAAAGAGCUAAAGCUGAGAGGGAUGCUGCUGCAGCCAAAGCCAAAGCAGAAGCUGAAGCUGCACUGGCUGCAUCAAGAGCUGCUGCAGCUGCAAAAGCAGCAGCUGCUGCUGAAGCUGCUGAGGCUGCACUUGCAGCAGCUAAAGCUAAAGGCAUGUCACAGAAAGAUGCCAAAGCCCAAGCUGAUGCAGCGGCUGCAGCUGCAGCAGCAAAAGCACAAGCUGAAGCUGAAGCGAAUGCCAGAAAGUUAGCUGAGGCCAAGGCCAAAGAAGCAGGCUUGAGUGCAGAGGACAUUGCUAAGGCUGGAGCAGCUGCUUCUGCCAUGCUUACUCAAAAUAUAGCCACAGCAGAGGGACUUGUGCUGGAUGGAGCAGGCAUGGGAGACGCAGAAGGUGCUGGUCCUGGAGGAAGUGCUAAUCUUGCAGGAGGUGCUCAUGCUGCAGGAGGUGUUGGUCCUGCACUAGGUUCUGUUCUUGCAGGAGGUGUUGGUGAUGAUAAUGGAGCUGGAAGUGUAGACCAAGCAGGAGUGGACACCUUACUCAAGGAAGGAGCUGAUGCUGGUGCUAAGUCUAAGAAGCAUGCCAGAACAGAAGUGGCUAUCACCGCCAAAGUUACAGUACCAGAAGCAAAUUCAACUGAAAUUGCCCCAGUUGAACAAAUUGGGCAGCAAGAACAGAGCAUGGAACAGCCAAAACAGGUUGCAAAGGAACAAACUGAUGAACAGCCAAACCAGGCUAAGAAGCAAAGUCGUGUGAGGCAAGGCUCACUGAUGCCAGACACAGUCAUUGUUGGAGGCAACCCACAUGGUAAUCCAGGCAGUAAUCCAGGUCAUAACCCAAGUGGUAAUCCAGGUCAUAACCCAAGUGGUAACCCAGGUCAUAAGACAAGUGGUAACCCAGGUCAUAACCCAAGUGGUAACCCAGGUCAUAACCCAAGUGGUAACCCAGGUCAUAAGACAAGUGGUAACCCAGGUCAUAACCCAAGUGGUAACCCAGGUCAUAACCCAAGUGGUAACCCAGGUCAUAACCCAGGUCAUAACCCAAGUGGUAACCCAGGACAUAAUCCAAGUGGUAACCCAGGACAUAAUCCAAGUGGUAACCCAGGUCAUAAGCAAGGCAGUAACCCUGGUCAUAAUCCAAGUGACAACCCGGGUCAUAAUCCAAGUGGUAACCCAGAUGGUAAUCCAGAUGGCAACCCAAGUGGCAAUCCAGGUGACAACCCAAGUGGCAAUCCAGGUGGCAAUGGUGCCAAGCCCGAGGGCAACGAGGGGGCUCCACCUGAUGGUGAGGCCACUGAAGGCACAAAAGAUGGGUCAGCUGAGGCUGACAAGCAUUCAGGCCAGACAAGACAAGGUCCCCUGCUUCCAGAGGAACCUACUGAUCCUGGUGUUUACAUCUCUGCUGCCCUGGAAGACUGCAGCGCUAUUGUAGGAGAGGCAGCGGAGCUGGUCUGCAAACUCAGCAGUGCAGAUUGCAAAGGGCUCUGGUAUAGAGAUGGAAAAGAGAUUUCUGAUUCUACUGAGGGUAUAACUAUCAGUAAAGAUGGUGUAACUCAUAAACUGAAAAUCCACAAAGUAUCAGAGGAGUUUGCUGGAAAAUAUAAAUUUGAGGCUGAUGGCCGUAAGACUGAAGCUAUGAUUAUUGUUGAAGAUCCACCAAGAUUUGCUACAAAAGACCUUGAAGAAUUUUCCAAGCCAAGAGUGGUCAAGGCUAAUCAAAAAGCAGAAUUCAAAAUACCAUAUAUUGGCCGUGAAGCCACUAAAAUACAGUGGUAUAAGGAAGGCGUGGAACUUGCAAAAGAUACAAAUUGUAAGAUUGAAACUACUGAAAGUCACUGCCGUUUGUCUCUCAGCAAACUACAGCGCAAAGAGUCAGGGGAAAUCAAAAUCAAAAUAAAAAAUGAGUUUGGUACCGUGGAGGCAAUAAGUAAUUUAAUUGUUCUUGAUAAACCAACACCACCUCUUGGACCUCUGGAGAUAGUUGAUGCUUCUUCAAAUAGCAUUGAGUUCAAAUGGCGUCCACCAAAAGAUGAUGGGGGCUGCCCAGUCACUCAUUAUAUCCUUGAGCGUAAUCAGGUUGGACGCAACAAAUGGAAGAAGAUUGGACAGAUUCCUGGGGAAGCCCAUUACCGAGACACUGAUGUAGAUCAUGGUAGAAGGUACUGUUACCGCAUCAGAGCUGAGACCUCAGAGGGUAUCAGUGAGGUAAUGGAGACAGAAGAUGUUCAAGCUGGAACUAAAGCAUAUCCUGGCCCACCAUCUACUCCUAAAGUGAUCAGUGCCUUCAAGGACUGCAUCACUUUGUCAUGGACCCCUCCAGCCAACACUGGAGGAACCAACAUUCUGGGUUACAACCUUGAAAAACGCAAAAAGGGAAGCAACCUUUGGGGUUUGGUACAUCCACCAGAAGAACCAAUCAAAACUAAGAAAUACCCCUGUAAUGAUGUUAUUGAGGGAAUGGAGUAUGAGUUUCGAGUAACUGCUAUCAACAUAUCUGGAGCUGGUGAACCAAGUUUACCAUCAGAGACAGUGUUCGCUAGAGAUCCUAAAAAACCUCCUGGCAAAGUAAUUGACCUUAAAGUGACAGGCUCCACAUACAACACUUUAUCCAUUUCUUGGACAAAACCAAAAGAAGUAAAGGAUGAACAUGAUGAAGCUAAAGGAUAUUUUGUUGAAAUAAGACCUGCAGAGAGUAUAGAAUGGAAUCGCUGCAAUACCAAUGCCACUAUCAUAAACUUCUACACUGUAAAGGGAUUGAAGUCACUGGCCAUAUACUGGGUGAGAGUGAUAGCUGUGAAUGAAGGUGGAGCAGGAGAACCUACGGAGCUAAAUAACUACAUCAUAGCAACACCUCCUCCUGUGAGACCAAAGUUCACAGAUGCCAACAUAAAGAGUUUCAUGGUAGUCAAAGCUGGAAACUCAGGAAGAUUCAACGUUAGAUUUGUGGCUUCUCCGUGGCCUGAGAUCAUUUGGCUUAAGGACGGCACUCCAGUGUCCAAACGUGUCACUGUCACCAAUACUGAAGGAAGCUCUCAAAUCCUGAUUCUAUCAGCAGAGCGCUCUGAUAGUGGAAUUUACACCAUUGUACUAAAGAAUUUUGUGGGCCAAGAGUCCUUCACUGUUGAGAUCAGAGUCACAGAUGAGCCGAAGCCUCCUGGGCCUGUGGAGCUUGAUAUGAAUGUACAAGGCACUGUGACAAUCUCUUGGGGAGCCUCACCAGAUGAAAAACGAGACGAUCAUCUGAACUAUAUGGUGACCAAGAGGGACUCUGUUAAACAAACCUGGGACACAGUGGCCGAUGGCAUCUUCAACAACAGGUUCACAGUCUGCAACGUUUUGCCAGGGAGAGAGUACCAGUUCCGUGUCUAUGCCAAAAAUGACAUGGGAAAAUCUGUUCCUUCUGAAUCUCCAAAGUGGUUAAUUACUGAGAAGAAAGAGAAAUACAUUUUAACCCUGCCUGAGUCAAAAACCUGCAACCUGGAUAGGCCUCCUAAGUUCCCAGUCCCCCUGAAACUGCACACAGCUCCACAGGGCUAUGAGUGCUACAUGAGCUGUGCUGUGAGAGGCAAUCCUACCCCAUACGUCACGUGGUACCGCAACAACGUCAGUCUCAACUCAGACUCCAACUACUACAUUACUAACACGUGUGGCGUUUGCUCCAUGCUCAUCCUGAGGGUGACUCCCAAAGACACAGGCGUGUACAAGGUCAUUGCAGAAAAUCCAUUAGGUAGAGCAGAGUGCUCCACCAAGCUGGUAGUCAGAGAAUAAGUCAACAGCGGGAUAAAGGCAAAAAUCAUUUUUAAGUCUUUAUAAUUAUUUAUUUUUAUCUUUCAGCUAUAUAGAAAACAACAUGUACAAAUCAUAAGUGCCAUAUCUUUACUAUUCUUUGUUUUGCAUACAAUGUAUGUCCAUGAGGCUGUUGUUGUUGUUGUUGUUGCUGAUGACGAUUUAGAGUAUGCCUGUUAUUUAGUCCCCAAAACCAUUGGCAUUUUGCUUUUCACUGAUUAGAUUUUCAACGUUUUUUGCUAAAGCUACUUGCUGUUUAAUUACUAUUACUCUGCUUAGCCUAAUUGAUUUAUUUUUAAUAAAUAUCAUUUGUUUGUUUGAUUUAAAUACUGGCCAAAAAUGAGUGGAAUUAAAUCAAGAUAUAAUGAUAAACAAUGACAAGAUCCUUGGUAUGAAUAAUGGAAUAAAGUUGAUAAGGUAGCCUAUAAGUUAUUAACUGUAAGUUGGUAAAGUAACUGAAUUUCUUUGUAGCUUCAUGAGCAGCCUAUGCAUGAGCAGGUUCAUAAUCAAUGUUAUUGAUUAUUAUUUCUACUCUGUUACACUAAUGCCUUGCAUGUUAAUACAUGUGCAAUAAAUUUGGAAAGGAAGCCCAUGACAAAAAUAUUUCCU